AUGGGGGACAAUAAAGUGUCUUGCAAGAAUCCCUCAUUCAAACCAACACCAAAGCCUAAGAAGAAAAUAGGAAGGCCAAGGUUGAAUCCAGAAUUGAUCAAUUGCACAAGACUUGGGAGAGGUGGUGGAAGAGGUGGUAGAAGAGGGGGUAGAAGUGGUGGAAGAGGGUAUACCAGUGUUUAUGAAGAAGGUGAAAGUUCUGGGAAAAAAGAACCUAGGAUUGAGACUCAAUUUGUCACCCAAACAACACCUAAUGUUGAGAGUCAAUUUAUCACCCAAACAGCACCUAUUGUUGACAGUGAACAUGUACCAGAAACACACGAAACAGAUGUUAAGAUUGAUGAUGAAGGUGAUGGUCUUGAUAUGGAUGGUCUGGAUCAAAUACUGCAUGAUUUUAGUUACCUUAGAGAAUCAAAAUACAGUGAAGCAGAGAUCCUUUUGUGUCUUAAUAUCAGCCAAUCACAACUUAAAGGAUUUGAUGCUUUGCUUCACCAAUCCAAACAAGCUGCAAAGGAUGUGCCUUUUGUGAGAGAGCAUGUACCAGAAACACAGGAGGACAAUGAUGAAAACAAGGAGGAGAGUGACUAUGAAGAAUCACAGGUGGACAAUGAUGAAGAUGGAGCCGAGGAUGAUGAAGAGGGAGUUGAUGAUACUCAAGUUAGGGUUAGAACUCAAGUCAAGGUUAGAAAAAGAAAACCUUCUGAAAGGAUCACUGAAAACAUGUUGAAGAAAAUUGUGGUUGACAAGAAAGGAAUAGGAAUGCAUUUAGAAAAACUUCUUAGUUUGGAUUAG